AAUCCCAUAAAUCAAUCGCCGCUUCGUCUUCCUCUCUCUCUCCCCUUCCCUCCGCGAGUUGCGUGCGUCUCGUCCUCCCCUUCUCCCGCUCCCCAUCCAAUCCAAUCCCUUCCCCUCGCCGCUCAUCCAGUUGCCAAUUGCUACCGAAUGCCUUCUAAUCGCGCCCCCAAUCCCGCCCUAAUCCCCACCACAUCCCCUCCCUCCGCCACCAUUUCCCAAUCGAUCUCUGACUGCACGUAGUUUUUUUUUUUUUUUGGGCCUUGCUAGGGUUAGGGCUAGCGAUUUGUUAGCAUUUGAGGGUGCUGGAGCCAUGGACGAGUACCACCACCGCAUGGGCUCCGCCGCCGAUUUCCGCCGCGACCUCGAGUACCUCGUCUGCGACCACCUCGGCGGCUGCUUCUCCCCGCCCUCCUCCUCCUCCUCAUGCUCCGCCGCGGGGGGAGGUGGGGGACCGGGACAUGAGUCGGACGAGGCGGCGGAAUCGUCGGCGGCGCGGAGGCGGAGGCGAGAGUCGCGCCUGCUCAGCCGCUGGGUCGCGCGCCAGGCCGAGGAGGUGCUCUCCUCCAUGGAGCGCGAGGUCGAGCGCCGGAACCGCGAGGCCGAGCUCCUCGCGCUCGCGCGCCUCCACCCCGUCUCCACCCUCGAUCCCUCCUCCUUCCUCCUCUCCUCGCCAACCACCCCGCCGCCUCGACCGCAGGCGCCCUCGCCCACCGCGCCGCCCUCCCUCCUGCAGAUGUGGCGCGAGCUCGAGCACCGCCGCACCGACGCCGACCAGCCCUUCGACCGCGAGCCCUCCCCGGAUACCGCCGACCGCGAGCACGUGCGGCAGAUCGCGCGCCGCCUCACGGACCCCACCGAUGGUGCAACCGCAGCCGCCGCCGCGGCCACUGGGGAGUGGCUCGGCGAGACGGAGAGGCAGAGGGUCAGGCUCGUAAGAGAGUGGGUGCAGAUGGCCAGCCAGCCACGCGACUCCCGUGCAGGCUUGCGCAGGGAUGAGCCUAGCAGCGGCGAGAGGGAGAUGCGAGGGGAGCCUCCUCGGCUCCGCGGCCGACAGGCGCGAUUGGAUGUCAUCACCUGGAUGGCUAGGGAGCGCCAGCGCGAACUGCAGGGGUUAUCAGGGUACCGCAUUGUGUCAGAGUUCCCCCGCCGCAGCCGCAACCGCAUCCAGGGAUUGCUUAGGGGGAGGUUCUUGAGGAAUGUGGAGCUUCCGGUUGAGGAGGAGCGACCACCAUCUGAGGCAGCAAGGGAGCUCGGGCAGUUGAGACAGAGCCAUCGCAUGCCUGCCUUGAGAUCAGAGAGUGUUGUUAGUAGUCAAGAUGUUAGCCAACCUGAUGCUUCUGUGGCUGAAAGUGUUAGAUUACUAGGUACUGAUGAAUCUCAACGAGGGGCUGAGGUCAGUGAUUUGACUGGUAGUGAGCAUACAGCCCAAAGGCCCCAAACUUUGCUUGAGAAUGUGGGUUUACUGGAGGCUGAUGCAGACCUUGCUGAGGCACACUCACCAAGUAGAACAUUGGAUGGCAUGGUUGAGAUGCAAGGGUCUCUAACUCAAGGUGAUAAUAGGCAGCAAGUUGAGACAGAACACGACACAGGAUUCUGGCAGCCAUCUUUGGAUGGCAGGCUUGAUAGGUGGCCCAGUGAGAUUGAAGAGGCUGCUGACAGAAAUUGGGAAGAUAAUGCAGAGUUACACAGUGAAACUCUGGACGACGAUGACAGGGAACAUGAUCUCCAAGAAGAACAUGUUGACUGGCACGAUGACGAGUCUCAUGGAACUGCGGAGAACUGGCAAGAUGAUUACCAAGAUUCUGCGCUUGAUACAAGCCCCAUUCCUAGGAUCGAAAAUAGGUUUAUCCCACCGGAUGAUGACAACGUGUACAGCAUGGAACUAAGAGAAUUACUUAGCAGGCGUAGUGUGUCCAAUCUUCUUAGCAAUGGUUUUGGUGAAAGUUUGGAACGACUGAUAAGGUCAUAUGUUCAACGGCGUGGUCGCAGUCCCCUCAACUGGAAUCUUGAUACAGCCAUGCCCCCUGCCAAUUCACCAAAUGAAAAUCAGGAACAAGAAAGGAACGCUGAAACUCGGCAAUUCCAGACUCCUCUCAACAGACCUGCUCUUAUUAUCCCUCCGCCGCCUUUGCCACCACGACAGCCACUGUGGCACAGAGAAUUGCGUCAUAACAACUGGAGCAGCAGACACAGGGUACAUCAUGCAGACCUCGAAUGGGAUGCUAUUAAUGAUUUGAGAGCUGACAUGGGUAGACUUCAACAAGGGAUGAGCAGCAUGCAGAGGAUGCUGGAGGCGUGCAUGGACAUGCAGCUGGAAUUGCAACGUUCCGUGAGACAAGAAGUGUCAGCGGCCUUGAAUCGAUUUGCAGGACCUGAAGGAUUCUCGAUGGAUUUAUCUGACGAUGGAUCAAAAUGGAAUCAAGUGAGGAAGGGAACCUGCUGCGUAUGCUGCGAUACACAAAUUGAUUCUGUACUGUACAGAUGUGGGCACAUGUGCACUUGCUCAAAGUGCGCAAAUGAGCUAGUGCGCAGUGGUGGCAAGUGCCCGCUUUGCCGGGCUCCGAUCGUGGAGGUGAUCCGUGCAUAUUCAGUAAUGUAAAGUGGUGGAUAUACAGCGGGAAAGGGAAUAAGUUAACGGCAAGUGAAGUUUUGCUGCUAGAAGUUUAGACAAGUAAAAAAAAAAAGAGGUCUCCUUUCCUUCCGUCUCUGCUCUCCUUGUGAAUCUACAUGUGUUACUUGCAUAUUUGUUGCCUUGCUGCUUGCAGCAAAGGGCAUGCCAUUGGUUGUUGAAAGGGUUUGCGUUGGGUAGCAGGAAAAGAAAGCGAGAGAUAUCCAAUGUAAGUUCUUCCUCACUGUAUUUAUAAUCUGAUCCACGACAGAACAGGCACCUGCAAUGAUAUAGGUUCAUUGAUAAUCUGAUCCUUUUUCCCGUGGGGAUUGAA